AGCAACAUUUACAUUUACAUAGAAAGCAAACCAAGAGAGAGAAAAUGGCUGCUAACAAUGGCGAAUUCAGCAACUGCUUAACCCACUUUGUAGACAAUGGAAGCGUCGAAAGUCACAGGUAUUAUCUGGCAAGUAAAACCCUCUUCGAACUUCUCAAUGACAGGGGUUAUGCUGUUCCUACCUCCGAGUUGACUCGCUCUCUCCCCGAGUUUCGUGCUGAGUUUGGCCAGAAACCUGACCCUCUUUCCCUUCGCAUUUGUGUUCCUCUCCGAGUUGACUCGUCUUCUAAGAUUUUGGUCAUCUUUUGUGGAACCGAGGAAAUUAAAAAAGGCAACAUCCUUACAGUUUUCAGCCAAAUCAUUGACAAAGAGAGCUUGCACCGGAUUAUAUUAGUCCUGCAAAGCAAAAUGAAUCACCAUGCUCGAAAAGUUGUGGAUGAAUACCCAGUCAAAACAGAGAUUUUUCAGAUCAGUGACUUGUUGGUCAACAUCACAAAACAUGUCUUAACACCAAAACAUGAAAAGCUGACUACUCAGGAGAAGGAACGUCUGCUACAGAAGUACCAGGUGAAGGAACACCAGAUGCCGCGAAUGCAGGAGAAUGGUGCGUUUGCACGAUACCAUGGACUUGAGAAGGGGCAAGUCAUGAAAGUUAGCUACACUGCUGGGCUACCAAGUUCCCUGGUUACUUAUCGGUGUGUUCUGUGAUGACUGGAGCUACAAACUCGAUCAAAAUUCACUCAAACAGUUUCAAUCAGACUUCUUUGUAAUAUUAUGACAUGAAAACACUCAUCUAAUGCCACAAAUUUUUGAUUAUUUUGCUGCGAGAUGCAAGCAUGAAACAUGUAAAUUUGGUGCUGGUGAUAUGAAGUACAUAAACAACGCAGUAUUUGAUGCA